AUGGCACCCAAAACUGAACAGGAGAACAAAUCUGCACAGGAGCAAAUUCUGAGUAACGGGACAGCGAAAGAAGAAGUGGUAGUAACAGGCGUCGCCGGAUACUUUCCGGAUUCGGAUUCCGUGAAACAGUUUCAAGAAAACCUCUUUAAUAAGGUGGAUUUAAUAUCAAAAGAUGAACGCCGCUGGAAACUUUUCCACACAGGCUUAACGCAACGAACUGGAAAAAUCAAUUUCAUCGACAAAUUCGAUGCUUCUUACUUCGGAAUUGAUUAUAAGGAAGCACAUUGUAUGGAUCCCAUGGCUAGGUUGCUUUUAGAGAAAUGUUACGAGGCUUUAAUAGAUGCUGGUAUCAAUCCCGAAGAGCUCAGAGGCACCAGAUGUGCAGUGGUUAUAGGCGCCUGUUUUUCAGAGAGUGAAAAAGCAUGGUUUUACGAUAAAAUGGAAGUCAAUGACUACGGAAUAAAUGGAUGUUCCCGCAGUUCGUUUGCGACACGCAUAUCCAAAUGGUUAGGAGUGAGCGGACCUUCAUAUAUCAUCGACACCGCUUGCUCAAGUUCUAUGUACGCAAUAGAACAUGCGUACAGGGCAAUUAUCAACAGCAACUGUGAUACUGCCAUAGUAGCUGGAGCGAACCUUUGCUUGCAUCCUAUUGUGUCCCUACAGUUUUCAAGUCUAGGAGUAGUAUCUCCAGAUGGAAGAUGUAAAAGUUUUGAUGACAGAGCAAACGGAUACGCCCGCUCCGAGGCGGUUGUUGUAUGCAUCCUUCAAAAAGCUAAAAACGCAAGGAGAGUUUACGCCAAAUUGGUUCACGCGAAGACAAACUGUGAUGGUUAUAAAGAGCAAGGAAUAACAUACCCCGCAGGUCAUAUCCAGAAGGUUCUUCUUGAGAAGUUUUAUGAAGAAGUUGGGGUUAGCCCUUCCACGUUAGAAUACCUUGAAGCGCAUGGCACAGGAACCUCAGUCGGGGAUCUUGAAGAGCUUAAAGCUAUUGACGCCGUAUUUUCUGCAGGGCGUCCAGAUCCACUUUUGAUUGGGUCUGUUAAGUCCAAUAUGGGCCACAGUGAAGCAGCUGCGGGUGUGUGUGCUCUUGCUAAGCUUUGCAUCGCUUACCAUUCUGGAUAUAUUCCUCCUAAUAUAAAUUAUUUGAAGCCAAGAGAAGAAGUCACUGCUCUAACAGAAGGGCGUUUGCAAGUGGUCACAGAGAAACGCCCUUGGAAUCGUGGAAGAGCAGCUGCCAGUAGCUUUGGAUUCGGAGGAGCCAAUGCUCACUUGUUACUGGAGAAAUACGCUAGAAAUAAGAUCAACAAUGGAUUACCGACUGAUGAUUUGCCACGUUUAGUAUGUGUUUCUGGUCGCACACAGUCGGCUGUAGAUAAAAUUUUUGAUGAUCUCGAAUCCAAGCCCGUUGACGCAGAAGUAGUGCGCUUAUGGCAUGCAAUCUAUGCUAAUGAAAUAAGCAAGCAUAACUACAGAGGAUAUAUUCUUCUAGGUACUACACCAACAAAAAGCAUCCAACUGGCUCGACACGUUCAGCAUUCACUGUCCGAUACUCGCAAGCCGGUUUGGUUUGUGUAUUCCGGUUUGGGUACGCAAUGGCCAGCGAUGGGCAAAGAUUUGUUAAGGAUAUCUACAUUUGCAAACGCUAUUAAUAUAUGCCACAAGACCUUAGAAUCCAAAGGAAUAAAACUGUCUGACAUUAUUUCAAAGCAUAACAUCAAUUCCUUUGAAAACAUCGUUGAGUCUUUCGUUGGUAUUGUUGCCGUUCAAAUUGGUAUGACAGAUGUCCUGAAAAGUGUUGGUAUAAAACCAGAUUACAUUGUUGGCCACGGUAUAGGCGAGUUAAGCUGUGCUUAUGCGGACGAGUGCUUGACAGCUGAAGAAGCGAUCUUGUCGGCAUAUUAUUGUGGUUUAGCUUUAACUGAGGUGCCUACAGUGAAAGGAUCAAUGGCAGCAGUAAACUUGGGGUAUAAAAAGAUGAAGGAUGAAUGUCCACCAGAACUGGACAUAGCUUAUCACAAUGGACCCCGCUCUAGUGUAGUCUCGGGCCCCGCUAACAUUGUGGAGAAUUUCGUAAACAAGCUAACUUCACAAGGCACUUUAGCUGAAGAAAUUUCCUGUUCGAAUGUAGCUUGCCAUUCACGAUACAUUUCUGAAGCGAGUUCUAAACUCACGCAGUCCCUCAAAGAAGUAAUCUUGGAACCAAGAACUCGUUCGAAUCGCUGGCUCUCUACCUCUGUCGCUCGAAGUUGUUGGAAUGAGCCCAAGGCUACUGAAGCGUCACCAGAAUACUUCACCAAUAACCUUCUGAAUCCAGUUCUCUUCGAAGAAACAUCGAGGCUGAUAGAAGAUAAUGCUAUAGUAAUAGAAAUAGCACCUCAUGGAGUUCUAUGUAAAUCUCUCGGUCAACCAUACAAGGAUCUACUCACGGUUGAACUAUCACAAAUGGAUUCUAAAGAUAACGUUCAAGUUUUACUUACUGCUUUAGGAAGGUUAUACGAAGCUGGUUUGAACUUAAAUUUAGCAAAUCUCUACCCACAAAUUAAAUUUCCUGUUUCACAAGAGACCCCUAUGCUAUCGCAUCUAGUGGAAUGGGAGCACAGAGAAAAUUGGGACUACAUAUCAUAUAAAACUCAGAAAAAAUUGAAUACAGGUGAAAGAACAGUAAAAGUGUGUAUUACUGAUGAAGACAAGGAAUAUAUAACUGGUCACUGUAUAGACGGUCGUAUAUUAUACCCUGGUACGGGUUAUUUAAUAUUAGUAUGGGAGACUUUUGCCUUGAUGAGAGGCAAGGUCUAUAAUGAACUGUCGGUUGUGUUCGAGGAUAUACGACUGCACAGGGCAACUACCAUACCUAAGCAAGGAAAUCUGGAAUUCAUCAUUACCAUUCAUAAGGAAAGCGGUGAAUUCGAGCUUUCGGAAAACUCAAAUACUGUAGCAACAGGUCGUAUUUACUCCAAGGAAAAUGUAGGCGAAGAUUUCGUGGAGCUCCCUCCACUAUCCGAUGUAGAAGACAGUAACCUUCUGCGAUUGACGACCAAAGAUUUUUAUAAGGAAUUAAGACUUCGAGGAUAUCAACACAGUGGUCUUUUCCGUGGCAUUCUGGACUGCAAUGUUGAAAGUACUCACGGUCGUGUCAUAUGGAACAACAACUGGGUAGUUUUCCUGGACUACAUGCUUCAAAUGAACAUCAUCGCAUACGAUAGUCGCGAUCUCUAUCUUCCAACGUUUAUAAAAAAACUGUCCAUCGACGUGCAAAUGCACUAUGAUACUGUUGCAAAACUAAACUCUGAAUUGUCAAGGGAACAGUUUAUUGACGUACGCUUUGAUCGCGAUAUGAAUAUAACAAGAUCUGGUGGCGUAGAUUUAUCAGGUCUUCAAAUGACACCUGUACUGAAAAAACCUUCUUCUGUAGGUGCUCCUAUCAUGGAAUCAUAUAAAUUUGUGCCAAAUUUUGGACAACAUAUUAUGCAGCUACAAGAAGCCAUUAAUGUGCAUACGCAACUCAUCCAUGAAAAUGUUCAAACUUUUAAAAUCAAAUGCGUAGAAUUAGUUGAUGAAGAAUAUUCUAAGCGAAAAUAUACUCCAAUAAUCGAGAUUGUGGCUAACUGCCUUGAUACUCUUCCUCUUAUACAAUCCGAAUUGAUUAUCGUAUCAAAUGAAUCUAUCGAAGUAUCUCCGAGAGUAAAAGUUGAAAAAAAGAAAGAGGCGGCUGACAAUGCAACACUGUGUAUUGGUGCUAACUUACUUCAAAGAACUGACGUGCUUGAUCAAUAUGCUGCCAUGCUUAGAGGAAAAGGAUUCAUUUUAAGUCGCGAAGCAAUCUUUCCAGACGUGAAUGCAUAUCUUUACAAAUACAAUAUUGUGUCGGCAUAUGAAAUCGACACGGAAGUUUUGGUUUUAAUCAGACCUAAGUUUAAUGUUAACAUUGGAAAAUGUAUACGUAUUGGAAUGGAAGAUGAAAAUUAUUCUUGGAUUGAAAAAGUGAAGGAGUGUAUUAAUGCUAAUGAAAAAGUUAUACUUUACGCACAAAAUGAAAUAUAUAAUGGAAUUCUGGGUCUCGUGAACUGUUUAAGACGUGAAGCAGGCGGUGAUUUGAUACAAGGCUACCUGAUUGCCGAUGAAUCAAAACCGAAUUUCAAUCCAAAUAUAGAAUAUUAUAAACAACAAUUGAACAAAGAUCUAGCUAUGAAUGUAUUCAAAAACGGACAAUGGGGUACCUAUCGCCACGUACAGUUAAUAGGACUGGAAAAAACUUCUCCGGUUCCUCAUGCAUAUGUAAAUGUUCAGAAUAUUGGUGAUCUAUCAUCACUACGGUGGUUUGAAGGACCUCUUGGAGUGAAGCUAUCCAGUAAACAGGAUAAUGUAUCAUUGGUUAAUGUACACUGUUCAGCGUUGAAUUUCCGCGAUGUCAUGACAGCGACGGGUCGUGUAACAGUGGAUGCUGUAGCACGUGGCAGACUUGAGCAGGACUGUGUGCAAGGGAUUGAAAUCAGUGGACAAACCGCUAACGGCUCUCGCAUUGCGGCUAUGGCACACUGUGGCAUUUCUAACCUCAUCAGCCUUAGUGACAAUCUCGUAUGUAAUAUCCCAAAUGAAUGGAGUUAUGAGGAGGGCGCUACAAUUCCAGUUGCUUACGCUACGUCUUAUAUGGCUAUGGUGAUAAUUGGAAAAAUAAAACCCGGGGAAUCAAUUCUAAUACACGCUGGUACGGGUGGCGUAGGACAGGCCGCUAUUAACUUAGCGUUCCAUAUUGGAUGUGAAGUUUUCACUACGGUUGGCACUCCUGCUAAAAGAGACUUCAUCAAAAAGCUAUUUCCGCAGCUGAAAGAUAGUCACAUUGGUAAUUCACGAGAUGUUUCCUUCGAAGAAAUGGUACGAAGGGAAACCAAUGGCAAGGGCGUAGACUUAGUGCUGAAUUCGUUGGCGGAAGAAAAACUAUUGGCAUCGGUCCGUUGUCUCGGUUAUCGAGGUCGUUUCUUGGAAAUUGGUAAAUUUGAUAUCAGUAAGAAUACGCAGGUCGAUAUGCACGCGUAUCACCAAGAGAUCUCCUUCCACGGGAUUAUGCUUGACUACAUUCUUGACAAGGAAAACUACAGAUUGAGACAGGAAUUACAAAAACUUAUUGCGCUCGGAAUUCAAUCAGGAGCUGUGCGACCGCUUACAUUCUGUACAUUCGAAAAGUAUGAGAUCGAAUCUGCUUACCGAUACAUGGCCGCUGGAAAACACAUUGGCAAGGUUAUAAUCAAAAUUCGUGAUGAAGAUUCGAAAAAUGUUAUCAACCCCGUUCCUGUUCUUAUUGAUGCGCUACCAAGGUACAUGUGCAGAGGCGAUCGUGUUUACAUAGUGAUCGGUGGACUCGGCGGAUUCGGUCUUGAACUUGUAGACUGGCUCAUAAUGAGAGGUGCUAGGAAGGUCCUCCUCGGAUCUAGUAAGGGUGUAAGCAAUGGAUACCAAACGUUAAGAUUAAGGUUAUGGUCACAAUACGGAGCUGAUAUCAAAAUCUCGACCCAUGAUAUUGCAACGGAAUCUGGAUGCGUAGAAAUGCUCAAUAUGGCGAAGUCAAUGGGACCUGUGGAAGCAAUAUUCAACCUUGCUGCCGUGCUUAGAGAUGCCACUUUCGUCCGACAGACCCCGGAGACAUUUAAAACCUCAUUUAAACCGAAAGCUUUAGCUACGAUGCUUCUAGAUACACUUUCGCGGAAAUUGUGCCCCGAAUUACAAACGUUCGUGGUAUUUUCAUCAUUAGCGUGUGGCCGCGGUAACGCUGGUCAGACGAACUACGGCUUUUCCAACUCAGUAAUGGAGAAAAUCUGUGAGAAGAGGAGGCAAGAUGGCUUACACGCGCUGGCUGUACAAUGGGGAGCUAUAGGAGAUGUGGGUUUGGUAGCAGAUAUGCAAGAUGCCAACCUUUUGUACGAAAUAGGCGGUACGUUACUGCAACCAAUCAAAUCGUGCCUGCAGACACUGGACAAGUUCUUGAAGCAAGACGAUGCAAUAGUUUCAUCAUAUGUCGUUGCGGAAAAAAAAGUUGGGGGCACUGAUAAUAAGACAGUAGUAGACGCUGUUGCUCAAAUAAUGGGUCUAAAGAAUCUUAAGUCAGUGUCAUAUCAAGCAUCGCUUGCUGAGUUGGGUAUGGACAGCAUGAUUUCGAUUGAAAUAAAACAAACGCUGGAAAGAGAAUUUGAGAUCUUCCUCACCGCACAGGAUAUAAGAGCAUUGACUUUUGCCAGGCUAGAAGAAAUGGCUAAAGAACAGAACACGACUCCGAAUGCAGUCGAAUCGUCCGUGACUUCAGCAAAACCUGACACAGGUCGUGUUUUUGUUUGGAAUGGCUUCGGAGAUGAAGUUACAGCUUCACAAGCUUAUGUACACAUGCAGACAAGAGUUAGUAGUGGAGAAGAUAGUCAAGAGAAGGGUCCUGCUAAUAUCAUGUUCAUGAUACCUGGUAUUGAAGGAUGCGCGUACACAUUGGAACGGUUGUGUAAAAAACUGAACACAAGAGUCUGCGUACUUCAACCUGGCCUCGGUUACAGAAAUGACAGUCUGAGUGAUAUGGUCAACAGAUUUUAUGAGACAAUAAAGGACCAAUUAUCACGGGAUGUGCCUUUUAAAUUACUUGGCUAUAGUUUUGGAACAUUACCCCUGUUAGAAUUAGUCGCAAAAUUGGAAAAAGAUGGUUACAAAGGAAACGUGUAUUGUUUAGAUGGUUCACCGGAAUUCGCUAAAGCUAUGCUAGACGAAGAAAUGCCUCACUCCAACGAAACAGAAUUACACAAUAAUAUAAUAUCCUUCAUAUAUAGCGCUGUCAGUAAUCCCGAUUCUAAUGACACCAGUUUGUUAUUAGAGAAACUGCGGAAUAUACCUUCUUUAGAAGAGAAAGUCAAUUACGUAAUAGAUACAUCAAAACAGACAAUUAACUAUUCUAAAAACUUCUUGAAAUCCUUCGCUAUUUCUUACUAUGACCGAGUGCUUAUGAUUAAAAACUUUAAUAUUGGCAAUAUAUCUAAAAUAAAAUCACCUAUAUUCCUGUUACGAGCUAAAGAUGGUCCAUUUGCUAAUCUGUGUAAAGAUAAUUAUGGUUUAAGUAAGUUUACAGACAGUACUGUUGAAGUGUACAGCUUCAAAGGUAAUCAUAUAACUAUUCUUGAAGAUGAUGAAUGUGCUUCAUUUAUAAACAAAAAUAUUUAA